GCGGUCACUUACUCGUCUUUCUUGGGAUGGUGGCGGAUCCAGCAUUCGAGCGAGAUCCUACACUUCAACAGGCAAUUUUUUAUGGAAUUUCCAAUUUUGCUAUAUAUUGCGAUAAGAUAAUUUGGUCACAUUACGGAGAGGUACAAGAUAUACAAAAAUUGGAAAUUUCAUAAAAAAAUUGCCUGUUGAAGUGUAGGAUCUCGCUCGAAUGCUGGAAUAGGGUUGAUGGUGGCGGAGAAUAAAUAUAUGCAUAUUAACAGUCCCCGGGUCAAGCGGGAAUUCAGCACAACCUCUGACCUCAUCCCCGUUUUCACUCUCACCACUCCACACUCAAGCUUAUUUUUAACUUCAUUUCUCAUAAUUAAAAUUUCUAUUUUUAAAUUAUUAUGGAGGAGGAGGGACACUCAUCAGGCGAAGAUUUUGUAGUGAGGAGACCACCCGUUGCUCCAAUGAUGGAGGGGGAGGAGGAAGUGGCCGGUCCGUCUUCCAACAAGCGAUCAAAGCGACAGUCUUCCCCUACUCACCAGACCCCAUCUGUCAAAUUGUUGCCAGUGGAGAAGAAAAAGCACCCCCUCGCUCCCACUGGUUAUCUCAACCCUCCCGGGACAAAAGAUACGGAAAAGAGAAAGUCGGUCACAUCAACAAGUUCAGCUAGGGAGGAUGACGAUUUCGAGCCAAUCCCAUGGUACUACUUCCCAGAAGAGGAGGGUGAGAUACAGGACGAGGGCAGUGGGGGGAUCUACAUUCGAACGGGAGAAUUAGCUGAAGAAUUUGAAGUCAGAUAUUCGGGAGGAGCGUCUGAAUCGAGAAUUGGAAAAAUAAAGACAGAAGAAGGUGUAGAUCUCAUUAGGAAGACGAUUCUACAAUUAGUUGGUAAAGACUCUCCCUCCGCACCUGAGCUGGAUAUAGAGGAAUCAUCCCCCGAACUAAUUUUCACCCAAAAAGAAGAGGGUUUAACUGAUGACGAGAGAGAGCUGCUCUUUACAAAGAUUUUCGAAGCAGGAGGACGAGUUCCCGUCGUCGAUAAGCCGGACUGGAAUCUUAUCAUCCAUAAGGCACCAACCACUGGAAUAAUUCACUUGUGUAUAGAGUCGAUGAGACGACAAGCGGGGGGAGACUCCGAGUAUAGAGCUUAUAGGUUAUGCACAAAAGAAAACUGUUAUCAAUACCAACGUACAACGGCGAGUGCUGUAUUGCCGAAAUGUUUAUCGCACAAGGAGACGCUAAUAAACACAGUAAUGGGAGUGACUCCCUAUGAAGAAAGAAACACUCUCGUUCGUAUACACGUGAAGUUUCUGAACUCCGUUCGGCUGAAUUCAUCAGAUUCGGAGACAAAACAUGAAACAAAGUUGCAUAUGUCCAAGACAAUUUCUACUUAUCAAACAUGGAAGGAUUACUGUGCCACAAAAGAAGUCCACCCCAUACCAAAAGAGAUUUCCAUGCACCACUACGACAACGAACAGGAUGCGUUAAAACGACUGGCACUAGAGUCGACGAUCGGCAUGAUGAUGAAAUUGGCCCCAGGGACUAUGCCCUUCAUAAACUUGGAUGCUGUCAUUCCAUUCAGCUACGGGAUGGAGGACGAGAUCGAUACGCGCCUUAAGGAACUGGGCAUGCAUCUCAAAAUCCUUCGUAAGUUGAAACCGGAAGAGAACGUGGCUUAUCCAUUCCCCGGACAAUAUUUACUAGGAACUCCGGCAGCAGAUACACAAAAGCCUGAGAAAGGGACGGCGUUUUUAUACACCAUAACAUCACGUGAAAUGUGGUAUUUUGGGUGGAGUGACACCCCCGACUUCAAGAUUCGACUAGAUGGAAGAAGGACUGACGGUGCUAGUGAGUAUAAGCGGAUUACGGAAGCUAGGACUUAUCCACCAGGGAUCAACGCCCCCACUCUGACAUGCUCUCUCCUCGCUAAAUGUGCCGACAAGGAUAAGGAGACGAUUGAGGCGAAAAUGAUCAUUUCCGGUUAUAUUGCCUAUUUACUAGGACUUCGAAAUCCACUUCGCCCUCAAAAUCGUUCUGCUCGUUGUUACUCGACCAAUAAAUGUGUCCUUCUGAGCCUUAUUGGCCCUGGUGCAUGGAGUGAGAUAUGUCAGUUUAUCAAAUUAUUUUGGAGAGUCGAGCCAAUGUUGGGAAAGUUCGAGAAGCAGCUUCGUUCCAAGAACCGUGUCAAAAUGGACGAGGCUGAAGAACAGAGUGACGGUGAGGACGAGUCUUCCGAGGAUGAAGAUUACAAUCCAGCCAAGGAUAUGCACAAUCAGAAUGAGAGCAGUGAAAGUGAUGUCGGUCUCUUCACUGAUGCGGAAUCAGUUGCGAGCGGAAGUAAUGGGAGCGGAUCUGACAGCUACUGAACAACACAACCUAUUCUCCAAUCCCCACCCCUGUCCACCUACUUUAUUUAUUUAAGAGUUAUUAUUGAUCACUUAUUGUUAAAACUUAAGGGUCAGGUCAAAUCAAUUAUUUGCCAUUGAAAAUAAGCUUCGGCUAACAAACAAUACAUUUUUAAAUCAGGGAAAUUGUUAUCAUCA